AUGGCACAAAAUUCCUUAACGGGCAUGGAUGCCAAUUUUGCCCUUCAGAUGGAAUGUGCUUAUCUUGCAAAAGAGUUGCACGGAGGUUCGACAUUCGGAAAAUUCAAAAUUGCUGCCUACCCGACAAUCUCCGCCCUCCCCACCGCCAUCUCCUCCGACUCGAACGGCGUCCUAGCCGCCUGGUCCGUCGUCUCCCCCCUGCAGCUGGAACAGAAUCGGCCUGCGCUAUUCAAAGCAAAUUGGUCGACACGGACCCGUUUACCCGGAUUUCAACCUGACGACAACAAAAGGCCCGAGAAACCCGCUAUAGGAUCUCCCAACAGCAAUUUCCCACAACUUUUCCUUCUCACCAGCACCCUUCAACUGGGAGAGAGAGAAAUUGAGUCGGUUGUAGACGAGGGGGUGUCCCCAUUUCUAGUAACAUACAUUUGCAAUUCACUGUUUAUCGUGUAUAUACCGUUAGUCGAACUGGGGCGCUUUCUGGAGGAUAAGUAUGGUAGUCUUUUGUUCUGGCGGAAUACAAAAGAUGCCUCUUUGCAAGAAUCGAGGGCUCUUGAGAAGGAGAUUCUUCUAGGGAAUGGAGAGGCCAGUGCAAAUUCUGAUGUAUUGAAUUUGGAUGUGAUUGGAGCAGAAGAAAAUGGCGAUAAUGAUGCGCAUGGAGGAGGUGUUGUAGGACCGCAUUUGGUUGUCGAGAAUGGUGGUGGCUGUUCAGGGCUGGAUGCAAAAGGUCGUUGGACACGUAGGAGGACUGCAAAAGUCAGCCUGUUGAUUUCUCCUAUGUGGUUUUUUGCCCAGCUCACUUUUAACCUCUCUCUCAAGUACACUACAGUCACUGUAAGAAUCUGA